GGACAAAUCCCAUGCUUUUUCGCGGAAAAGGAACACCAACGCAAGACAAGAUCCCAAGUCUGCCUGGUUGACCUUCUUCUUCUUCGCUUCGCUCAUUGUCACGGCUCGCCCGCCAUUCCAACCUUCAUUUCUCCGUCCCUCUCUCUAGGUACUCGACACGAUUUCAAUACGACACGAACACCAACCUACCCAACUGCCUUUUCGCUCCCUCCCACCUCAAUCCACGGGCCCUUUCCUUGUUCCUUCGCACGACCUUUUAAUACCGACUCCGACCGCAGACCUUUGCGCUUCAGCCUUUUCCAAACCUUGUCCGACGCAUUUGCCGAGCAGACCGAGCCCAUCGAGCCGCGCUGCAUUCAUCAUAUUGUCACCCGUCAAAGCGCCGAACUUAAGACACACCACGAUUCCACCCUCUCGAUCUCUCUCUCUGGGCAGAACCUCGAAUCCUCGAAUCGAGUCAUUUCCACAUUUCACGAUACUCCGAUUACCGCGUCAACAGCGACAUGUUAUAGUGGAAGAAACCCGCCAGUCGUAAACGCCGCCGAGUCAUCCUCGACAGCAGCUCCCGAUCAUGACAUCCAAAGACCACGCCGGCGGGGCCGGUGCUCCAGCCGGCGACGACGGCUUUCCGAAACCUCAGUUCUCUGGACGCUCCGACCGACCAGGCCCGCCCAGCAUCAUCUCAUCGCGAAUGACCGACAUCGCAUCCGACGACGGCGGGGAAGCUGCAGUGCAGACCCUUUCCGAAAACCCUCGGAGGAAGUCAGGCCUGGCCUCGGACUCCCUCUCACGCCCAGGAACCGCGAAGACGGGAAUGUCUGGACACUGGGAAGGCCGCCGACGAGGCCCGCCUCCACGGAUGAACUACAUCACGAGUCUCAGCGAGAAGAGGGGGAGCACCGGCGCUGGCAGCACCGCUGGCUCCAUCGCCAGCCGCCCGCCAAGUUCCACAAGCCGCAGCCAUGUGCCAUCUCUCACAUCCUCGGCCUUCUUUCGUCCCAUGAGUUCCCAAAAGCUGCAGGCCCAACGUGGCGGUUCCCGCCCCGCAACUCGUCAACAGCCCACAUUCGAGGACGUCGAGUCCGAACCCGGCCAGAGUGCCGCCGCCGCCGCUGCUGUUGCUAGUGGUGGACCGAAUGCUCGGCACAGCGUCAUUUCGAACCCGGUUUCGAACCCCGUCGCCCGUCUUCAACGUCAGCUCAGCGACGAUGACGAAAUGCGCGCGCCUCCAUCCCGUGGAACAGAGUACACCGAGCAAGGAACCUAUGAUCGGAUCACCGCGAACACGAGUCCAACCCACGGUCACCAUGCCGCUGGCAGCAUGUCUGAGAGCGUCACCCCUUUGCAGCGGAAUCAGCGCAACAGCCGGAACCUAAGCGUCACCGUCGACAGAGGCUUCAAGGAACGGGGCAACCAGCCCAGCCCUGUCAAGUCCCCGCGAUCUUUCCGCUCGAGCUUCCUUCUGCCGGGACGUAGCGACCAGGGCCAGAACAAGUCGAAUCGGAGCCUGCCUGGCGGCGAGAAGCUUUCGUCAACUGCGUCGACUCCCCAGCUCAACCCAGUCGACUCGUCUAGGCCUGCCGACAAAACAAACCUGAAGAAGUCCAUGUCGAAUCUCGGCUACGUCUUCCAGUACUUCGAGGGCAACACUGUGUUCUGCAUAGGCGGUCGGUUCCAGAACACCAAACAUAGGCCGGUUAACGUAGCCACCGGCUUGUUCAUCGUUAUCCCGGCCGUCCUCUUCUUCGUCUUCUCUGCACCUUGGUUAUGGCACAACAUCAGCCCCGCCAUCCCCAUCACUUUCGCGUACCUGUUCUACGUUUGCAUCUCUUCCUUUCUCCAUGCUUCCGUGUCGGACCCUGGUAUUUUGCCUCGUAACCUGCACGUUUUCCCCCCUGCAGAACCGACCGAGGAUCCUCUCCGACUUGGCCCGCCGACUAACGACUGGACGCUGAUCAAGUCGGCGGAGUCGGCAACAGCCGCCAUGGAAGUUCCGGUCAAGCACUGUAGAACCUGCAACAUUUGGCGACCUCCUCGAGCCCAUCACUGCCGUCUAUGCGACAACUGCAUCGAGACUCACGACCACCACUGUGUUUGGCUCAACAACUGCGUUGGACGGCGCAACUACCGCUAUUUCUUUGCCUUUGUGUCGUCGGCCACAUUCCUCUCCCUCUAUCUCCUGGGCGCCUCUCUCGCCCAGAUCCUCAUACACAUGAACCGAUCCAACAUUUCAUUUGGUAAAUCUAUCGACCAAUUCCGCGUGCCCUUCGCCAUGGUCAUCUACGGUUUCGUCUCGUUCCUCUACCCGGCUGCCCUCAUGGGCUACCACGUGUUUCUCAUGGCGCGAGGCGAAACGACCAGGGAGUACAUCAACUCUCACAAGUUCAUCAAGAAGGAGCGCUUCCGGGCCUUUACUCAAGGAAGCAUGCUCAAGAACUGGAUCGUCGUUCUCUGCCGGCCGAGGCCCCCUACGUACUAUCAGUUCAAGAAGAAGUACAGCGUUGGGGACCAGCGCCUCGGGGCCUUUCGCGACCAGCCCAAGAACGACGCGCAAGGCAUGGAGAUGCACAACGUCAGGCCAUCGACUGGUUUCCAAGGACCCGUUUCUCUACGCAACGAGGCAAACACAUCCACGACAUAAUUACUCAUUUCAUUGAUUGUUUUUCUUGCACGGCGUUGUCCAUGGGAGCGAUCAUACGUAUACCGGAUCCUGGAUACCUGUAAUGUAUGUUUUCUAUUAUACCCGGCCUUACCUAUCAAAGCAGGUAAACAGACAUAACCCCCCGGGGGCUUCCUUUUCUUUGACACGGAGGAGGAGAAGCCGUAUUGUUUUCGACGGGGGAAAACAGCUUCGCAAUCGGAGCUUGUACAUAGACACUUAGCAGGCGCAUAUUGGCUCGCUUGCAAACAAAUACUAUUGUUUGAUACUCAC